GCUCAAUUUGUGAGUUCCUCCGACCCCAAAAUUCAGAAAGGAUUCACCUUUACUGAGAGAGAGAGAGAUUGAAGCAAGAAAAAAAGAAAAAAAGGUGAAGCUUGGAGAGAGACCAACCACGUAGAGGAUUCUAAUCCGUGGUUGCAAACGAAGGACCCAGAACAGAACACGAUACUGUACUCUCCUCUCUCUUCUCUCUCUCUCUCUUGGGCUGUUGCUUCUUCGCUUCAAUCUCUUUCCUUGUUAACAUAAAUUUCUUCCCCAAAAUUUCAAUUUUUCUUUGGGUCCGUUUCUAGAUCACUCCUCAGAUGUCGAACGAAGACUCUCUUCCGGCAUUCACUUUGUUUGGUUUGGAUGAUGUCGAAAAUUACGGUCUGGUCAGUGAAGCAGACAAUUCGUUACCUAUAGAGAUACACAAUCAGGUUUUUCAACUUGUGGAGAAGGGUAACCAAGCUUUCAAAGAGUCUCGCUUUGAAGAGGCAAUUAGCAGCUAUUCGAAAGCCAGUACUAUUAAACCUCUUGACCCUAUUGUUCUUGGCAACAGAAGUGCUGCUUAUAUAAGAUUUGGCCAAUAUCUGAAGCAGAGAUCUGCAUCAGUUUCUGAAUAUAGACCUCUGAAUGGUUUUGAUAUGUCGAUGCUUGGGGAACUGGCUCUAAAGGAUGCUGAUAAGCUAAUGAAUGCUCAGAGUAGUUCAGUGAAGUCAUAUACUACAAAGGCUUGUGCCCUCAUGUUGCUAGAAAGAUAUGAGGCAGCUCGUGAUACUAUCCUCUCAGGUCUACAGAUUGAUCCCUUUAGCGAUCCUCUCCGAUCCAAUCUUCAGGAAUUGGAGAAAGUGAUGCCUACUUCGAUGAGUAAAACCCAUGAAAAGGCUGAGCGUUCUGAUGAUUUUGAUUGCACUGUUUGCCUGAAAUUGCUGUAUGAACCUGCUACAACUCCAUGUGGGCAUACGUUCUGCCGAUCAUGCCUCUUUCAGUCAAUGGAUCGUGGCAACAAAUGUCCACUAUGUCGAACUGUUAUUUUUAUGACCCCAAGAACAUGUGCUGUCAGUGUGACGCUGAAUAACAUCAUACAAAAAAACUUUCCAGAGGAGUAUGCUGAAAGGAAAUCAGAGCAAGACACUCUGGUCCACUUGGGCAAUGAAAGUAUGCCCCUUUUCGUCAUGGAUGUGAUCAUCCCCUGUCAGAAGUUGUCUCUUCACAUAUUUGAACCACGAUAUCGACUAAUGGUGAGAAGAAUAAUGGAAGGAAAUCAUCGGAUGGGAAUGGUAGCUCUUGAUUCUGCGACAGGUUCUCCAGUGGAUGUUGCUUGCGAAGUUGAAAUCACAGAGUGUGAUCCACUCCCGGAUGGACGUUUUGUCCUGGAGCUGGAAAGCCAUAGAAGGUGCCGCAUUGUAAAAGCUUGGGAUCAAGACGGGUAUCGUGUUGCAGAGGUUGAAUGGGUGACAGAUACCCCACCACAAAGCGAGGAAGAUAAAGCAGCUCUGCGGGAACUGACGACCAAUGCAGCAUCAUUUGCUCGGUCAUGGCUAGAUAGAGCAAAGGAAGCAGCUAGACAAGGAGACAGAAGACGACUUGAAAUACUUCUAAAUGUUGAAUCUAUGAUCCCAACGCCUCAAGAUCCUGAGCGCUUCAGUUUCUGGCUUGCUACAUUGACAGAUAGGAGACCUUCAGAAAGAUUGGAACUGCUUCGGCUUCAGGAUACUGGAGAGAGAAUAAGGCGUGGGUUGAUAUAUCUCCGAUCAGUAGAAAGAGGAUGCAGAAUGCAAUGAACCGGCAUCAUCAGGGGGGUUGAAUUGCCGAUUAAAUUACAGGGAUAAAAACUUGGGAUCUGUUGAUAAGAAAGUUGACAAAAACCAUUAUUUUUUAAAAGGAAUACAUAAGGUAGAGAUCCUUGUAGGAUUGCUAUCAUCCUUGAUCGAUCCAGUGUUGUAGAAUUUGUUUGCGAGUGUAUUUUUUUACCUUAAUUAUCAUAUUCUUCAUGA